AUGGGGAUUGAUGGUCGAGGUUUGGAAUCUGUUGAUACAUCAAACAGUGUAAUAUUCAUAGGUAAGAAGAAAUCAUCCAAAAAGAAAGACAAUUGUAAUAUUUUUACUGCAUUGAGUGAAGAAGCUGGGGUUGGGAGUGACGUUAUGGAUGUAGUUGAACACGAAAAAUCAAAUACCGGAAAUGGUAAAAUUGAAGCUCUUGAUUCUGAAGUUAUGAAGAGUAAAGAGGUUCCAGAAACUUCAAAAAGUAGGAAAAAGAAGACUGGAAGGACUGCUCAAGAAGAAGAUGAUUUGGAUAAGAUUCUUUCUGAGCUAGGUGAGGGGUGUUCGACAUCGAAACCUGCUGCUCUGCCUAAGCAAGAGGAGAAAGUCGAGGUUGAACCUGAUCUAGUUGCCUCAGUCGAUGGUCCGGCUGAGAAGGAUGGUGAAGAAGAAGUUCCUCCUACUGUGCUGUCUGCCGCAGCAAAGAAGAAGAAAAAGAAGAAGGAGAAGGAAAAGGAGAAAAAGGCAGCAGCUGCAGGGGAUGCUACUUCUUCUGUGGAUGUUAACGAUGAAAACCAUGAAGAAACAGAAAUUGAAAGGACAGAACCCAAGACAAAUCAGGUGAAAGGUAAAGCAGCAGAAAAGAAAGUGCCAAAGCAUGUUAGAGAGAUGCAAGAGGCCCUUGCUAGGCGAAAUGAACAGGAAGAUAGAAGAAGAAGGGAAGAAGAGGAGAGACAGAGGAGAGAAGAAGAGGAGCGGCUUAGGCUGGAAGAACUUGAGAGGCAAAGGGAGGAUGUCAGACGUAGGAAAAGGGAAAGAGAAAGGGAGAAACUACUAAAAAAGAGACUGGAAGGCAAGCCUAUAACUGCAAAGGAAAAAGAAGAAGCCUGUCAGCUGGAGGCAAUGAGAAACCAGAUACUUGCUAAUGCAGCAGAGAGUUUGCCUCUCCCUACCACAGACCAUGAGAAACCCGGCUAA